AUGGCGUUCUAUGAGCAGCGUUACCUGGAGACCGGUGUCGGUCUUGGACGACUCAUGGUUUUCGGCCGGUCCCUCACCGAAUCACGACUUUUGAGCUCUGCAAACUACGUUCGAACUGAGCUGCCGACUCGAAUAGCACAUCGCAUUCGAGAUAUGCAGCAACUGCCCUACGUCGUAGUCACAAAUCCCCACAUAAAAGAGGUCUACGAGCUAUAUAACAAUGCGUUCGAGAUGUUUCGCAAGGUCAAAGAGGUCAAAAACCUGGAGGACAACGAGAAAUUCUGCCAGAUCAUCAGCGGCAUGCUCAAGGCUCACCUCACCGUCAUCCCCAAGCUAUCGAUGGGCAUUCUGGAAAGCCGAGGCUGCAUGGAUGCCAAAGAUCUUGACAAGUUCAUGAAUACCGUCUUGAGAUCGAGGAUAUCCCGUAGAGUCAUCGCCGAACAGCACCUCGCCCUAACGGAAACGUAUCACUCGCCGUGGUUCUCGCCCGGCGCGAAGCUAUCCGAGUCCGAAUUUAUAGGCGAGGUCUUCAUUAAGUGCAUCGCCAAAGACGUCAUCGAGCGCUGCACCCGCGCCGUCGAGAGCCUGGCCCGCUCGACUUAUGGCCAAGACGUAGAGCUUCCCGAGAUCAAGGUCGAGGGCCACCUCGAGGCAAGCUUCCCCUACAUCCUCAGCCACCUCGAGUAUAUCAUUGGCGAGCUGCUGCGCAAUUCCGUCCAGGCAGUCGUAGAGCGGCGGCAGCGCGAUAAGAACAAGAGCGCCAAGCUCCCACCCAUCGAGGUGACCAUAUGUGAAGCGCAGCAGCACGUCAUUAUUCGCAUAUCCGACCAGGGCGGCGGUAUCCCCAGAGAGGAGCUGCCGUACCUCUGGUCCUUCAGCAAAGGGCCGCAGAGCCAGCGCCGGUUGGAGAACCUGGGUCGAGUGCCCAAGCUGGCCGCCACCAUGCAGGAGCUCCACGUCUCGGAGGAGCUGGGGCGGGCGGACAUGAAGACCCCGAGCCACGGUAGUUCCCUCUCCUCGAUGACCAGCCGGCCGCCCAAUCUGCGGCUGGGCAUGGGGCUUCCCCUGAGCAGAGUCUAUGCCGAGUACUGGGCAGGCAGCCUCGAGCUGCAUAGUCUCGAAGGCUACGGCGUAGACGCAUUCCUCCAGAUAUCAAAGCUGGGCAACAAGAACGAACAACUGACCACCAGGGCCACGAUGGAUGCUGUGUAG